CAGCUUCACUGAACUUCUGUCUAAUAGGUGGGCCAUUGCUGGUGUCAAGAUUGAUUUUUGUAUUAUGGCAUAAUUUAUUUUUUAAAUGCAUUUGUAUGACAAACGAACAUGGAAGACGCUCCUCUGCCUCUGUUGACCAUGCCAACAGCUCCUUACAACGAUCAGAAACCAGGAACCAGUGGAUUACGGAAGAAGACCUUUUGUUUUGAAUCCAAGAGGAACUAUUUGCAGAAUUUUAUCCAGAGUAUAUUUUUUUCCAUAGACCUAAGAGAUCGACAAGGAUCUUCUAUGGUAGUUGGAGGUGAUGGGAGAUACCUUAAUAAGUCUGCAGUGGAACUGAUAGUCCAAAUGGCUGCUGCCAAUGGGAUCGGCCGCUUGGUCAUCGGGCAGAAUGGCAUUCUCUCCACCCCGGCGGUGUCCUGCAUCAUCAGGAAAAUCAAAGCCAUCGGUGGCAUCAUUCUGACGGCCAGCCACAACCCGGGUGGGCCCAAUGGAGAUUUUGGCAUUAAAUUCAAUACUGCCAAUGGAGGUCCUGCUCCUGAAGGUAUCACGGAUAAAAUUUUCCAAAUCAGCAAGAAAAUUGAAGAGUAUGCAAUCUGCCCAGACCUCCAGGUGGACCUGAGCACCAUUGGGAAACAGCAGUUUGACUUGGAGAACAAAUUUAAGCCAUUUACGGUGGAAAUUGUGGACUCGGUAGAAGCUUAUGCCAACAUGCUGAGGAACAUCUUUGACUUCAAUGCAUUAAAGGAACUGCUUUCAGGGAAGAACCACCUCAAGAUUCGCAUCGAUGCUAUGCACGGAGUUGUGGGUCCUUAUGUAAAAAAGAUCCUGUGUGAGGAGCUCGGAGCCCCAGCAAAUUCCGCAGUGAACUGCACCCCACUGGAGGACUUCGGUGGCCACCAUCCCGACCCCAACUUAACCUACGCUGCUGACCUGGUCCAGACCAUGAAGACAGGAGAGUAUGACUUUGGAGCUGCCUUUGAUGGAGAUGGGGAUCGCAAUAUGAUUCUUGGGAAACACGGCUUCUUCGUGAACCCCUCCGACUCCGUCGCUGUCAUCGCUGCCAAUAUUUUCAGUAUCCCAUAUUUCCAGCAGACCGGAGUCCGUGGCUUUGCCCGGAGCAUGCCCACCAGUGGGGCUCUCGAUAGGGUGGCCCAUGCUACAAAGAUUGCUUUGUAUGAAACUCCAACUGGCUGGAAGUUCUUUGGAAACUUGAUGGAUGCAAACAAACUGUCUCUGUGCGGAGAGGAAAGUUUUGGUACUGGCUCCGACCACAUCCGUGAGAAGGACGGGCUGUGGGCUGUCCUGGCUUGGCUGUCCAUCCUAGCCACCCGCAAGCAGAGCGUGGAGGACAUCAUGAAGGAUCACUGGCAGAAAUAUGGCAGGAACUUCUUCACCAGAUACGACUACGAAGAGGUGGACGCGGAUGCAGCUAACAAAAUGAUGAAGGAUUUGGAGACGGUGAUGUUUGACCGCUCCUUUGUGGGGAAGCAGUUAUCGAGUGGCGACAAAGUCUACACGGUGGAGAAAGCCGAUAAUUUUGAGUACAACGAUCCCGUGGAUGGAAGCGUCUCUAGAAACCAGGGCUUGCGGCUGAUCUUCUCCGAUGGCUCCCGCAUCAUCUUCAGGCUCAGCGGUACCGGCAGUGCUGGAGCAACCGUGCGGCUGUACAUCGACAGCUACGAGAAGGAUGCUCAGAAGAUACAUGAAGACCCACAGGUCAUGUUGGCACCUCUCAUUUCCAUCGCCCUGAAACUGUCACAGCUUCACGAAAGAACCGGCCGCACCGGUCCGACCGUCAUAACAUAA